UACCAGAGGAGUCAUGUGCAACAACCUCAGCCUCAGUCGUACGUGGAGCAGCUUGGAUUAACAAGCUCCUGUGUCUCCAUAUUGUCCUAUAGGGUGUCCACUUCUAGACUCGCUGCUCUUUCCUCCACACCAGCAAUGAAGCUCAGCGUGGCAUUGUUCUUUGCGGGCCUCUUCGGGGCCCUGGCUGUCGUCUUUGUCCUCCUCUCGUUUGGAACAGAUUACUGGCUGUUGGCCUCGGAGAGCUGCACUCAUCCUACCACUGACACCACUUUAGAGCGUGGAGACAUAGUGGUGCAGAAUGUCACUAGUGGGGUCACUCUGUACCACGAGGGCUUCUUCUGGAAAUGUUUCUUCGGUGGCAACGUGGAGGAUGAGGACCUGCUAUGGAAGCUUUGGUUCACCAAUCAGCCGCACUCCAAAGUGUGCAUGCACUCCUACCUCUUCCCGUUCCCGGUGUCCCACCACACCCACAACGCCACAGCGUAUGAAUCUGCCAUAAUCUACAGGGGUUUUUGGAGCAUCUUCAUGCUCGUCGGCGUGGCAGCUGUGAUCCUUGGCGGCUUCCUCGUCAUCUGCGCCGCUCCCUUCACCAACCACUGCUUGUACAAAACGGGUGGAGGCUUCUUCCUGGCAUCGGGUUUCUUCCUGCUGUGCGUGGUGGUGAUGUACGUGCUGUGGAUAGAGCUGCUGGACGUGGUGGACGUCUACGUGGACUACCAGCGCACCUUUGUGUGUCCCAACUUCCACUUGACCCUCAACUACGGCCUCUCCUUCAUGUUUGCUCCCGUUGGCAUCUUCUUCUCUCUGCUGGCCGGACUGCUCUUCCUCCUCAUUGGCCGGACCAUCAAGAUCCACUACCGCUAACUGAAAAAAAUGAGGCAGACACACACGGAGACGGUAUCAAGCUGGGAAACGACUACGGUUUCGCGCAAAAGUCUUGGAGGACACCAUCUUAAUCAUGAUUUGGAGUGCAUGAAGAAUGUAGCUCUCAACAGAACCAAUAUGGAACAAACAGCUGAGUCAGCAUUAAUACCGCUGAUGAGUUCAAUGUAAACUACGGGUACACUUUCAACAUUUUUAAAGGGCAUGCUGAGGUAGAUAAACGUGCUGCCAGCCUUGUAGAGUUAAAAAAACGAGAUUGCCUACAGCCAAUGUUUUUGUAACCCUAAUUAGAAAGCCCUUUUGUUGACCACGCACCUCCUGGUAAAUUGAAUAGAGGUCAUAAUUGAAGCCUUUACCGCAGGGGGAUCAUUUCUUAUUGGCCCGCGACACAUUCUACAGACAAAAACACAGUGAAUUCCGGACUACAGGCUGCUACUUUUUUCCUUCGCUUUGAACCCUGCGGCUUAUAAAACGUUGCGGCUAAUUUAAGGAUUUUUCUUUGCUGACAGCCAUAAUGGAAAAUAGUUUUAAAAACCAAACAAGCAAAUAAACUGGAAAGGUGUGUUAUUGUUUGUGCUAUGGC